AUGAAGAAUCUUGAAAGACAAGUAGGGCAAUUGGCUAGACAAGCUGAAAGGCCAAACAAUAUUUUUUCAAGUGAUACCAUUCCAAAUCCCAAAGAAGAAUGCAAAGCAAUUCAACUCAGAAGUGGAAGGACACUGGAAAAUGAGAAGGUCGAUAGUAAAGUGGCAACUGAAGAGAAGGACCAGGAGAAGCUCAAGAAGAAGGAGGAAGAGCUACAAGCUCCAAGGAAAAGAAAGCACGUCAUGAAAGAGCAUACACAAGAACAGAGGAUGGAGGUGAAACCUUACAUUCCUCCUCUGCCAUACCCUCAAAGGUUGUCUAUAGAAAAAGUAAAGCCUACACGAAUGUCCUUGCAACUUGCUGAUAGAUCAAUGGUAAUUCCCAAUGGAAUGGUUGAGAAUCUCUUAGUCAAGGUGUGUAAGUCUAUAUUUCCAGUGGAUUUUGUGAUCCUGGAUCUAGAUGAAGAGGGAAGCGACUCUAUCAUAUUAGGAAGGCCUUUCCUAGCCACAACAAGAGCCAUUAUUAAUGUGGAGAAAAGAGAAAUGACCUUGAGAGCACAUGAUGAGUAG